AAAAACAACAACAACAACAAUAAUAAAAAUUAGUAUUUAAAAAAAAACCAAACAAAAAAUGGGAAUAAGUUUUGAAAAUAUAAAACGAAAUCUCCCUCCGGGUCUAGAACUCUUACCUGGUGAAACAAUAGAAAAAUUCUUUGAAAAAUCUAGUUCAAUAAUAUUAUAUGAAGCUACAGUUGAUGGCGGAUUUAUCGAAUGUUAUGGAAACAUUGGUGGAGACUUUUAUAAUUUGGAUGUAAAUAAUGAGCCUACAGUAUUAAUUACCAAUUAUCGAAUUUAUUAUCAACCAUCAAAAAAUAUUUCAAAAUUAUCAUCAUCAUCAUUGUCAUCUUUAGCUGAUGCAAUCCAUCCUCGUGCAAUACAAAUACCGCAUUUAUCCAUCUCACAAAUUGAUGAGUCACAAAAUCAAAUCAUAAUAACGCUAAAAUUUUCCCCAUUAAAAUAUUUAUUUAAAUUUUCUAAAUCAAAACAUAAUAAUACUUUAAAUAAUAAUAGAUCGACAAAUUCUUUAUGUCAUGAUUUUUCUUGUGUUUUAAAAAAAUUUACAAAUCCAAAUAGCAUUGAAAAUGUUUUUGCCUUUCGCAUGGGCGAAAAUGAGAUUAAUAAUAAAAGAGGAAAUCAUGAGAAUGCUGGAAAGAAAAGAGAAUUAACUGAGGCAGAAAAAAUGUUUGAAGAGCUUUUUGAUUCUAAUACUAGUGAAGAUGAAGAUGUAGAAAAUUAUGCUAGAAAUAGGGGUUUAGAUGAAAAUAAAUAUAAAAGAAUUCAAAAGUUGGGUUGGUCUAAAGGUUAUAAUAUUCAAAAAGAAUUUGAGAGGUUGCAAAUGAGUAAAGAUUCUUGGAAUAUUGUAUCUUAUAAUGAUGAUUUUACUUUAUCUCCAACUUAUCCAAAAGAUUUUAUUCUACCUUCUAGAAUUCUUAAAACAGACGCGACUUUUGCUUGUGAAUCAUUUGAUACAAAUGAGGAUUCUUAUGAAGUUUCAACUGCAUUUCAAUCAAGUUCGGAAUUUUUUAGAAAACUUGUAAAUUUUAGAAAAAAUGGUCGUUUUCCUUUAAUUUGUUGGAAAAAAGGUCGUCAUGUAUUAAUGAGAAGUGGUCAACCAAUGGUAUCAAUAUUAGGUUGGAGAGGUCUAGAAGAUGAAUUAUUAAUAAAAGAUGUUCUUAAAGCUAUUAAUGAAGAACAACAACAAUUAAUUAAUAAAAGUAUUUACGCUAAUAGCAAAAAAAAAAUUGGUUUACAAGAAAAAUGUACAAAUACAAAAAUUUGUAUUUUAGAUGCAAGAAGUUAUUCUGCUGCAUUAGGUAAUGGCUUUGCUCGUGGUGGUUAUGAAAAAUGUGAAAAUUAUCCUCCAAAUACUACUUUACAUUUCCUGGGAUUGUCAAACAUUCACGCAAUCUCUUCUUCACAUGCUUCUUUAUUAAAUGCUAUUGCAACUAAUAGCUCAGCUCCUAAAUGGUAUUCCGUAUUGGAAUCUACUGGUUGGUUAGGUCACGUUGCUGAUUUAUUAAAAGCUGCUGGAGGAAAAGAUGGUGUUGUCGGAAAAAUUGUUGAAGAAGAUGCAAGUGUUUUGGUGCAUUGUACGGAUGGAUGGGAUAGAACAACUCAAUUAGUGUCUUUGGCACAAAUAAUGAUGGAUCCAUUUUAUCGUACAAUUAAAGGAUUUCAGGUAUUAAUAGAGAAAGAAUGGAUUGCAAUUGGACACCCAUUUAGAGCACGGGGUGAACUUCCAAAAAAUCUUCGAAACAAUAAUUCUAUAAUUUCAUCCACAGAAGAAAAUUCAUCUUUCAGAUCUAAUCAUCAAGAACCUAUUAUUGUACCAUCAACAUCCGCUCCGGUCUUUCUUUUAUUCUUAACAUGCGUACACCAUUUAUUACAACAAUUUCCACGCGCAUUUGAAUAUAAUGACUUUUUUCUCUUAUGUUUAGCAAGAGCUGCAGCAGGAAAUUCACCUUAUGGAGAUUUUCUUUGUAAUUCUGAAUGUGAAAGAGAAUAUGUGCAAUUAAGGGAAAGGACAAAAAGUAUUUGGACAUGGGUUAGAGAACACAAAGCAUGGUUUAGAAAUACUGGUUAUGAUCCAAAGAUUAGAACUUAUGAUCCUAUUAAUAUUUGGUUAGAUAAUAAGUGGAAGAAAGAUGUAUUGAGACCGGAUACAGGAGCAAGAUUAAUCACUUUAUGGACUGAAUAUUAUUUUCCAAAAGAUGACUUUUCUAUAACGUUAUUAUCUACACCUCCAGGUUGCGAAAGACCCUUUUCAAAUGGAUUAAUAUCUGAUCACUUAUCUGAUUUCGAUUUAAUUAGAUUGUUAAUGAAAAGAAAAGAGAGGAGAAUCGCUGAAAAGGUUUGGAGAACCUGGAGAUCUUUUGUAUUAGAAAAGAAAAGCAAAUCAGCGAUUAAUAAGAAAGAUCAUGAUGAUGUUAUGUCAUGUAAUGGAGAAAAUGAUGAAAUAGAUAUUGAAUUGAUCGGAUCUUCAGUUUUGCGAGAUAGUUAUAAUUUGUUACCAGAAAGUUCAAAUAAAUCAAAUAAAUCGGUCCUAGAAAGGCGAACUCAAGAUAGGAAUAAGAUUGUUAAAAAUAAUUCGGAGUCAAAAUUCCUUUUAGUUAUGCCUCCAGAAAAACCAAGCUUUAAUAAAAAUUAUUUAAACACACUUUCUCCAGCUUCUUCUUCCACCUCUUCUUCAAUAUAUCUUUCAUCAAGUGAAUUAUUACCAGCAAAGGAAGAUUAUUUUUCAGAAGAAGAACGAAAACCUGUUUAUCCCAUAAAUGGGGAAGAUGAAAGUCCAUCACUUUCGCAACAACAAUGGGUUUAUUUAUGUAAACAUCAUCAAAAAAUUGAUGAUGAUUCAAUAGAUUUAUCACAAAAGUUGGCAGAAUUACUAAAAGAAGCUCAAUCAGAAGAUCAUUAUUUAUGUCAAAGUAAAUGUCAUGAUUCGAAAGUUAUAGUUGAUUUAUUAAAAGAAGCUCAAUUCGAUAAUUCUUUAUUACCAACAUCAAGAACUCGACAGCAAACAAAUAUAUCAACUAAUACAACCCAGAGAAUUACAAGAACUUCAUCCACUUCACCUUCAAGAUCUUGUAGAAGCUCUAUUAUUUGUACAAAUAAUUUUACAGAUUCUAAUCAUAAUUCUAAUGAAAUUAAUUCCAAUAUUAAUAUAAAUUCUAUAGAAAAUAGCCCACCUGAUCUCGAUUUUGUAUUGGUCUAGGUUUUGUUGGGUGGUUUUUCUUUAAAAAUAAAAAAAAAAAAGGUUAAAAA